AUCAGAAUUAGAGUGACGCUUUCUUGUGGAGACCCUGAACGCAACAGUAAAUAUGUGCGUGUGGGUGGAGCUGAGGGUUCAGACCUGCUGUACCAGCUCUGACUCUGUGAUCAGUUACAAAGGAUGCCACCAGUGGAAAAGCAUGACAUAGAAGAAAUGCGUGGAAAUGGAGCUGACUGUAUCUGUUCUUCUCACUACUGUACCUAAAUGAUCCUUUUACUCCUUUUCCUUCUCCAUCAGAACCUCAACUGUUUAUUGAGAUUUGUCAACAACAGUUUCCUAAUUCUACAUUUAUAUAGUUCGCUUGACCUGAGUGCGAGGACGCCCGCCCGAUUGUUCUGAGGACAGACAGACUGAAAACAAUGUCCGACUCAGUGCUUUCUUCAGAAAACUUACUCUAAAGUUCUCUUUAUGGCGUUUCAAAAUGACAGACUCUAACUUGCGGAACGAAAGCAGCCAUGGGAUCUAUUUCGCCGAAGCUUAUAAUGAAUCUGUUUUGGACCAAAUCUUUCCAAACGACAGCAUCACGACCUGCGCGAACUUCACGAUGGACUCACAGGUUGUCGGGGUUGGGAUCACUCUCUCCGUUUUUAUUUUGGUGGCAAUUGUUGGGAACAUUCUGGUUAUCCUGUCUGUGGUGUGCAAUAAACACUUGCAGACCGUCACAAACUUCUUCAUCGUCAAUCUAGCCAUGGCAGACCUGCUGCUGAGCAUCAUCGUGCUGCCUUUCUCUGCAUCCCUGGAGGUUCUGGGAUGCUGGGUGUUUGGCCGGGUUUUCUGUAACAUCUGGGCUGCGGUGGAUGUGCUCUGCUGCACCGCAUCCAUCCUCAGCCUCUGCAUCAUCUCCGUCGACCGGUACAUCGGUGUUAAACACUGUCUGAAAUACCCGAGUAUUAUGACUGAGAGGAAGGCGGUAGUUAUUUUAGUCCUAGUCUGGGUGUCCUCCACGGUCAUCUCCGUCGGUCCGCUCCUGGGAUGGAAGGAACCUCCGCCUGUGGACGACAGCAUAUGCAGGAUCACAGAGGAACCGGGCUACGCGCUCUUCUCGUCUCUCUUCUCUUUCUACCUCCCGCUCAUGGUCAUUCUCAUCAUGUAUUUUAGGGUGUAUGUGGUGGCCCGCAGGACUACCAGCAGCCUAGAAGCGGGCGUCAAGCGAGAGAGAAACAAGUCGAUGGAAGUGGUCCUCCGGAUCCACUGCCGCAGCGUGCUGGAGGACGCACGCCCGGCCAGCUCCAAAAGCAGCAAAAACCACCCGUUUCGAAGUUCGCUCUCAGUGCGGCUGAUGAAGUUCUCCAGGGAGAAAAAGGCUGCUAAAACCCUCGCCAUCGUUGUGGGGAUGUUCAUCUUAUGUUGGCUACCCUUUUUCUUCUUUCUGCCGAUGGGUUCCUUCUUCCCAGCACUGAAGCCAUCCGAAACAGUGUUCAAGGUGGUCUUUUGGCUGGGCUACUUCAACAGCUGCAUUAACCCAAUGAUCUAUCCCUGCUCCAGCAAAGAGUUCCAGCGGGCUUUCACUCGGCUCCUCAGAUGCCAGUGCCACCAAAGACAGAGGGUCCUGCGUCGCUUCUAUGACCAGCGGUGGCGGACAGCUGUCAAGGGAAUCACAAGGGAUCAGAGGGCAGACUAUAAGCCUGGCUAUGCUGUGCAUGAAUCCUGUGGUAACUCUUUGUUACACAAGGGGAAAGGGCACCCGGUGGGUUUCAAAAGAUGGAGCCUGUUUCCACCACUGCAAAAGUCUUCCUUCCAGCUCAAAGAGAAAGUGAACAAUCUGUCAAAUAAAAUCAAGGGAGGGACAGGGAAAAGUACCACACCUGCAGUGGGCCGGAUUGAUAUAGUAGACACAGUUUCUAUGGGGAUUUAUAACUGUGAGCAGAGCAGUUAUCAGUUCUAUGAUCUGGCAGACUGCUAUGGCCUGAAAGAGACUGAUAUUUAGGGGACCACCAGAGGAUCUUUUAUUUAUAUCCAAAGUGUCAUAUUGGACCAACAUUCAAGAAUGACUGUGAUAAUUCUGGGGAUAAUUUUGUGUUCACAAAUGAUUUGAGAAUUGAACCUGGAUGAGAGCUGUGGACUGAGAAGGGUGACUUGAUCCAAGCACAAACAUGACUAAAACUUCAUCCCAAUCCCUAAUCCCUAUCAGCUUCUGUUGAGCUGACACAUUUGGACAGUGGGCACAAGAGUAGCCAACUACUUAACGAACUCAGUGUGAGUGCCGUCACUUGAAGCACUGUGUAUCAACAUUUCACAGCCCGCAGUUGACAGGUGUAUGCACUUUUGGCAAGACAUUUAACAUAAGCCUCAUUAUUACAGUUUCACUUAUUUCCUUAAACUCAUCAGACAUCAGACAGUCAGACAUCUCUGUGUGUUCAAUUAUUGGCCAGCUGACCUUGUGUGAGGAAUCCCAAUGAAAGGUAACUGCUUUGUUUGAUAAUCAGCUGAUUUUAAACAUACAAAAAAAUUGUAAUGGACUGAACUACAUAUUUUGAACAGAGCCAAGAUAGUUAUAAAUGAAACAUUUUGUUGCCAGAAUGUCUGGAUUUAUCCAAUGUAAUGUGUCAGAGUGAGUUAUGAUACUUCUUUUGGCAUUUUUCUGUUUUGACAAGGCAUUGUAAAGAUAAGAGGCCAGCUAAGAAUAAAGAUGCUGCUCAGUAUUUAUUCUAACUGUUGGAUUUAUGAUUUAACUUGGUAUUAAUAAAUCCAUGACUCUACUUGGCCAAGUGUUAAUGUGAAAUGAACAUGCAUUUUUGUAUAUUUCGAAUGUUUGUUUUGUGUUUGUUUAUGUAAGAUGAAAGGCAAAAUAAAAAGGAGAGAAAAUGAGAUUAGCUAAUGCACCAUUGUAAUUUGAAGAAAAAUCUGUCCCAUCCAGCAGAUGUAACUACUGUUUUGCUUGUUUCCUGCACCUUUUCACCUUUAUGUCAAGCUUAUGCUUUUGGGAAGCAAAGUGUCUGUUUUUAAACCACUUAAACUGAUGGAAAUAAAUCAUGUGUUAACCAAAGUGAAU